CCUUGAACUACACCCCAGGAGGACCAUCGCGAGGAACUCGACUGGCAGAUUGUCGGCGUGCGUCACAAUCCUUCGCCAUGAGUGUCCGCCUAGCCGCCCGGCGGCUGGCGCUGUCAGGCUCCUCAUCCCCGUCACCAUCCUCCUCGCUCCUCUCCUCACCCUCAUGCGCCGCCCUCCUCCUCGCCUCCCCUCCCACCUCUUCCCAGCGCCGCCACAAAUGGUCUGUCGACAUCUUCAGGGGCUGGAGCAAGAGCGGCUCCAAGGAUGGCGACGGCGGCUUGAACGCGCUCAAGUAUGAGCUCGAAGACCCCAAGAAGCGCCAGCAGUUCCUCGAGCGCAACAUGCACGGCACCGUCGAGGACAACAUCUUCCAGGACGAGAUUGAGGCCGCUCCGCGCGCCGGCGCCGCCGCCCAAGAGGAGCGUUCCGCCGCGGCCCAGGCCGAGCAGAAGACGCGCGAGACCAUGGCCAUGGUCACGGACCCGGACCCCCGUGCCCGGAUGCGCUGGCACCGCAAAAAGGUCAUCCAGAUGAUCCGCACCAACGGCCACGUCACCGAGCGGGAGCGCCUCGCCCGCACCGAACGCCAGCUCCUCCACCAGAGCAGCUUCCUCCCCACCAGCGUCAAGAAGCUCGUCAUGCUGUCGCGCCAGAUCGCCGGCAAGCCCGUCGACGACGCCAUUGCCCAGAUGCAGUGGUCCAAGAAGAAGAUGGCUGCCGAGAUCAAGUACUACCUGGAGGAGGCCCGCGAUCUCGCCGUCGCCCAGCGCGGUAUGGGCUUGGGCAAAGCCAACGGCGAGGUGCUGGACAAGCCGCGCAAGAUUCAAACCAAGGAGGGCAAGUGGAUCGACAUCGCCGACCCAACGCGCAUGUACAUUGCCCAGUCUUGGGUCGGCAGGGGGCCGUGGCGUGGAAAAAGCAUCGAUUACAAAGGACGUGGCAGGAUGGGCGUCAUCCAACACCCCAGCACCAGCUUCACAGUCCUAUUAAAGGAAGAAAAGACGAGGAUACGAGAGCAUGAAGAGCGCGUGGCCAAGAAGAAGGCCAAGGGUCCCUGGGUCCAUCACCCCAACCGUUCCAUCCACGGACAACGACCAUAUUACACCUGGUAGACGGGCUUCACCAAACCCCCCACUUGCAUAUUAGGCGGGCAGCGGGCCGUGGAUGUCCAUUGUCACUAGCGACAGAGCAUGUCGCUUCACACGCGAUACUGUAACAACACACAUGUACAUUGGAUACCUAGCUGUACAACUGAGCUAAAAUCUCCGUUGCUCGGGACUUUCCCAUGGAUAUCUAAAGGCAGCCACCUUUGCAUGGUAAAGUAACGUGUGGCGCGUUAAAAUGGAAAAAGUGAAAAGGUAUCAUUGUGCGCCGCCGCACCGU